CUCUCCUUGCGACUGACGGUAAACAAAAUGGCUAACGGGACAGCGGAAGUCUGUGUGCAAGUGGGAUGGCAUGAUGGUGCUGCGUCUAAGGCAACUGAUUAAAUAACGGUUAAAUGGCAGCGGCCAUUGCGAAAGUUUCCUUUUUGUAGCAACAUUUUUUUACAUUUUUCCUCUGCCGACGUCGACGUGGGCGCUAAACUGUCCCGUUUACAGCAACAAAUCCGCGUAAUUCACUUGCCUUUCUCCAUGUGUGUGUGUGUGUGCCAGUGUGUGUGUGCCAGUGUGUAUGUUCGUGUGAGGGGGUGAAUCCUGGCGAUGUUCGCUAAAAGGAUUAAUAAACGUUCGGCGUUUCGCAUUUCAGUUGUUCAUUUGACUCGGCGCUUAGCGGUUCAGUUACAGUUACUUCUGCCGUUUAUAUAAAUAUGUGUGUGUGCGCUUCGUCCUGGAAAAUUUGAUUACGAGCCGAAAAAGAUAAUCACUGAAUUUGCCCAACACUGCCGACGGAAAAUAUUAUAAGCAUAAAAACAAAAAACCCUUCAAAUAAAUUUAAAGAAAAAAAAAAAAGAAUUCAUACAACAAAAUAAACACAAGGACUUACUGAUUUUUGUUUUUGUUAAAAAGAGUGUCAAGUGCAACAUGUUUAAAAUGGAGCAGCUGCCGAAAAAUCUGUACUAAAAUAGUUUGCUAUUUAUAUUAAAGCAAAGUAAAGCAAAUCCACUAAAAUGCAGAGUUCGAAAUCUUUUUUGAUACGCGAUCUUCUUGGCGAUUUGAUCAAUCGACGACAAACGGACUCCGAACUUGAUCUAUCCAAUGAUGAGUCGGAUAUAGACAUCGAGGAUCGUUCCACGCCGGAUUCGACGGCACCUGGUUGCCAGCAGGAUUUGCUGCUGCCGCACCACCAUCGCAGAUUCACCCACCACGACGACUCCAGUGUGGAGUCCUGUUUAUCGGCCGCACGGGGCCCAGAAUCCGGAUCCGGUUCGGGAGGAGGAAGGGGAGGAGGAGGCGGUGGCGCCGGAGUUGGCGGUGGUGGAGUCCCCAGCGGACUGACAGCAGCAGCGGCGGCGGCGGCGGGCGUGGCCGCUGGUCUCUUGGCAGCGGCAGCCAGUGGCGGGGAUCCCAAUGGCGGCAGUGGACCGGGAUCGGGCGGCACACCAGGCAGCGGCGGCUAUGCGGAGCACAAGCUGCAGAUGAGCAAGAGCGGCCGGAAGCCGAGACGCCGCCGCACCGCCUUCACCCACGCCCAGCUUGCCUACCUGGAGCGCAAGUUCCGCUGCCAGAAAUACCUGAGCGUGGCCGAUCGCAGCGAUGUGGCCGAAACGCUCAACCUGUCCGAGACGCAGGUCAAGACCUGGUACCAAAACCGAAGGACCAAGUGGAAGCGACAGAACCAACUGCGCCUGGAGCAGCUGCGUCAUCAGGCGACCAUGGAAAAGGACUUUGUGGUGCAAGACGGUGGCGGAGCGGGCGGAUUGGGCUGCUGUCCCAGCGGAUUGAGCAGUUCGUUUAGUGCUGCUGCUGCUGCUGCGGCGGCUGCCAGCAAUCCGUGCAAUUUUCUCACUUCCGCAGCAGCGGCUGCCAUUUUCCGGAACGUCGGCUAUGUUCACGGAUGUCCCAUGUAGGAGCCACGCCCACCGUCCCCCAACUCCCCCUCCCAGUUGCCUAUGUACAUACAUAAUACGUAUAAAUAAAACCGUUCUUGUGCAAUAACCGAUCGGGAUGAUAUAUUGAAAUAGCAGCGAUGAGCUCAUAUUUAACAAACGUACCCGAUUAUCUUAUUAUACGUACUUAACUAUAUAAUCAUAAACUAAGCUUAGUCGAAUUAACUGUAAUAUACAACAACCAAACCUUUUUUUUUUGUCAUCGCACUCUGUGGAGAAAUA